ACUUUUCACCAAAUCACUAUGCCAUCACUAUAGUGAAUACUCAAGUGGUUGGGUACAUUAAAACUUGUGAACAGUUGUGAACAUUGACGAUGUUAUCGAUGUUUUGCAGCUUUUAGGCAUUAAAAACAUUAGCAGAGUGUACAAUGGGUAAUUGUCUGAAAAUAAACAGUCCCGAUGACAUUUCACUUUUGCGAGGCAGCGAAAGCAUUAGCGGGCUGGAUAGCGGACCGAUGCAAAUUUACCAGCAUGAACCUUUGCCGCAAAUAUUUUAUCCAGCGUCCUCUGCCAGCCAUAGCGCAGCCUCUGCCACAAACAUGUCGGAGGAAGAUCAGAUUAAAAUAGCAAAGCGCAUUGGACUCGUUCAGCACUUGCCAAUUGGAACUUAUGACGGCAACUUGAAGAAAGCCCGCGAGUGUGUCAUUUGCAUGGUUGAAUUUUGCGUGGAUGAGGCUGUGCGUUAUCUGCCUUGCAUGCACAUCUACCACGUGCACUGUAUCGACGACUGGUUGAUGCGUAGUCUCACCUGUCCAAGCUGCUUGGAGCCCGUCGACGCUGCCCUGUUAACCAGCUAUGAAACAACAUAGCGCACUGUAUCGACUCGCUGUGCGUAAGCGCUUUUAAAAUUAAUAAUCAAAAGGAAACUAAGCGGGUCAGGGUGAAGGCUUGACCAAUGCUUUCCGGGGGACUACUAUAUUAUUAUUAUAAGCGGUUCAACAUUACCUUUUUAGUUGUUUAACGAAUAAUUAAUAUCAAUGAAAAAGUCGGUGUACAUAAAUACAUAAAUCUAAUUCUAUAAAAAAGGAGAACAUAUAUAAAAUAUAGACGUAAUUUUUACAUAAUUAUAUUACAUAUGUAGCGUAUUGUCAAUAAUUAAAAUAACUAAUGCAGUCUUCAUAA